AUGGCGCUUGGCAUGGUUCUUGUUCAUGCCUUCUUCCUUGCGGCACAACUCCAUAAAUCAACCCUCGAACGCACCGCGUUCGAAAUGUCCUUAAACCAUCCGACGGAUCAAGUCGCUCUCCUAGCCGUCGACGAAGUGUCGGACUCUGACCCUCCACCGGGGAUCUUCAAGGCGACGGUCGCUUCGAUCUUCACGAAUAACGCCGAGCAGACAUUCGACGCAAAAGUUGUCGUUCCAGCAAUCGAAAUGGCGAUUCGAGAGGUGAACCGGAAGUUCAGCUCGACGAUUAGGUUCGAUCACGUCGCAAGGAUAUCGAACGAAGGCUGCGACCGAAAUAUGAUUGGUGGCCUAGCCGCCCAGUUAUACUAUACACACAACGUGAGCGCAUUCAUCGGACCUGGCUGCGAAAUAGCACUCGAUCACGUAGCUCGAAUGGCCGCAUUCUGGAAUGUGCCCUCGUACACAGCAGGUGGCAUCGAUGAACGUUUUGUGAGGAAAGAUAUUUAUAGUACCCUGACCAGGAUGUCAUAUUCCGUGGAUCGUAUAGGUCUCUUCCUUCUCAAAAUUCUCAAGGAGUUCACUUGGCAUCAUGUCGUCAUCCUGGUAGACGAGUCGUCUACGACCGAUGCCAAUACUGCGAUUUCGCUCGAAAAACUCCUAGCGUCCCAGAAGCUGAUGGGCGAGUCAGGAGAGAACCAUGAAGUCUACCCGGAAAAAGUGCUCUUCAAUGGUUCUGAUUCAAUGGAGCUCAUCUCGAAAAAAAUGCGCGUUGCUAAAGACAAAGCGAGAAUCUUCCUGAUUCUUUGUAAGGCCGACAUCCUCCGCCGUGUCCUACUCGCUGGUCACCAAUUAGGAAUGAACGAUGGGGAAUUCAUAUUUGUGAACGUGAACUUGCUCGGCGACGCUCCGGGGAACAAUUUGACGAAAGUCCUGAACGAAGAUUACGACAACAACAUCAUCAAAGUCAAAGAAAUGUUCAACCAUGUGAUGGUCGUCAGUGCCAUGGUCCCGGAGACGGAUCGCUUCAAACGAAUCUUCAGGAACGACCUGAUCGCCUUCAUGACCGCCAACAUGAGAAAAUACGGACUCACCGAAAUCGUUCGGAAGGUGUGCCUUAAACUCUGUCUAAGUGGUUUCCAGGAUGAAAUCACUCCGGUUGUGGCUGCAUUCUAUGAUUGCGUGAUGUUAUAUGCCUUGUGUCUGAACGAGACGCUCGCCGACAGGGGCAGUCCUUUCGACGGACGGGCCAUCGUCCGUAAUUUCUGGAAUCGCUCUUUGACUGGGGCCGAACAAUCAAGUAUCAAUUUCAUCGGAAAUCUCACGUUGGAUAACAACGGCGAUCGGGAAGCUGACUACAUUCUCCAAGUCUGGCGGGAUCCCCGCUUGGGAUUCCAGGCUGUGGCUCGUUUCUUGGGGACCAUCCGAAAAUACGACAUGAUACUGGGGAGGGAAUUCAUAUUCCCGCGAGGAAGCCCUUUGGAUGUGCCGCGUUGCGGCUUCAGAGGCGAUCAUCCGGACUGCAGAGAUAACUUUAGCCGCAAUCUGAUCAUUUCUCUCACAUCAGGAUUUUCGGCCAUAGUGCUAUUCUCCGUCAUUCUGGCGGUGAUCAUAAUUCGCAAAGUGAAAUACGAAUCCCAGCUCGCUGAUACAUGGUGGAAAAUCAGCUAUGAAGACCUCAUUUUCCCUGACAAGAAUGUCAGCAAAAGUCGCAGCUCCCUCCCGUCCCAGGGAGAUUCGAUCGCGACUCGAUCGUCGGCGUCUCGAUCGAAUUUCAAAUCGACGUCCAACGUCAGCACGCUGAACAACCUCAAUCUUUCGGGAAUAAGUGUUGCUACCUACAAGCAAAUCCGCGUGGCUGUCAAGCCCCUCGAAAUGAAGAAGAUCCAUAUAAACAGAAAACUCCUAAUGGAAAUGAAAGAGGUUCAUGACCUAACCCACGACAAUCUCGUCCGCUUCAUCGGUAUCUGCCCCGAUGAGCCGAAUCUCGUGACUGUGACCGAGCUCUGCAUGCGAGGAAGUCUUCGGGAUAUGUUAGAGAACGAAUCCAUCAACAUCGACUGGCUCUUUCGAUACUCCAUUAUUUCCGAUCUCGUCGAGGGAAUUUUCUUCCUCCACAACAGUACCAUCGGGCUCCAUGGUCGACUGAAAAGCACCAAAUGUGUUAUCGACUCUCGCUUCGUCGUGAAACUAACGGACUUCGGGAUGCCGUCCCUCGCCGAACAAAUCCCGGAACCGGACACCAAGAACCUGAGAACCUAUUUCUGGACCGCACCCGAAAUCCUACGCAGCAGAGACCCUCGUCUAAAUGGAACCAAACAAGGAGACAUCUACAGUUUUGCGAUUAUACUCCAAGAAGUCAUCACGCGGUGUGGGCCGUUCGAAUCAAUUGAACGUCUGGGACGAGCGAAGGCCAAUCUCGAACCCGAAGAGAUUCUGGACCGCGUCAAAAUGGGUGCUGUGCCUCCGUUCCGACCGGAGGUAUCAGCGGACGAAUGCCCUCAAGAAUUACUGCGUCUGAUGAAGCACUGCUGGGCGGAAAAUCCGAACGACAGGCCUCAGAUAUCCGAAAUCAGACAUAAAAUCAAGAAGAUCACCAAGGGGAUGUCUUCGAGAAAUUUCUUCGACAAUCUCCUGCAACGCAUGGAGCAGUACGCGAAUAACUUGGAAUCAAUUGUCGAGGAGAAAACUCAGUCUUUGAUCGAGGAGAAGAAGCGAACCGAUGAACUCCUGUACCAGCUGUUGCCCAAAUACGUGGCCGACGAGUUAAUGAAAGGCUCCCACGUCCAACCGGAGUCGUUCUCUGAAGUGACGAUCUUCUUCAGCGAUAUCGUCGGUUUCACGAAUCUUUCCUCGGAGAGUUCGCCGCUGCAGGUGGUUCAACUUCUCAAUGACCUCUACACGAUGUUCGACGCCAUCAUCGAGCAGCAUGACGUGUAUAAGGUCGAGACGAUCGGGGAUGCUUACCUUGUGGCAUCCGGUGUGCCGCAACCGAACGGCAACGAGCACGUUCGAGAGAUUGCUCGCAUGGCUUUGAUGUUGCGGGACAAUCUUACGACGUUCAAGAUACGGCACUUGCCUCAGAGAAAACUCCAACUGAGAAUAGGGAUCCAUUCUGGGCCUUGCGUGGCAGGCGUCGUUGGUCUCAAGAUGCCCAAAUACUGCCUGUUCGGGGAUGCGGUGAACACUGCCUCGCGCAUGGAGACCACCGGAGAACCUAUGAAAAUCCACAUCAGUAAACGAUCGAAGGACAUACUCGACAUUUUUGGAACCUUCAUAUCCACCCUCAGAGGUGACGUCCAAGUCAAAGGAAAAGGUGUCAUGACAACGUACUGGCUCGAGUCCGAAAUCGGACGCGGCAAGAAGACUGGAAAUCCGCAGAUAGACCAGCUGAUGGCGGAAGUCCGACCCGAUCUCGAAUCGGAGUCCCCCGUGACACCGGAGAACAUCAAUCAAAUCAGCAAGAUCAUCAACACUUGA